CCUCCUGCUGUCCUCACCGAUUCCAUUGCACCAAAGACUUACCUUAAAAUAAGGUGGUUUCGAUAUAAAAACGGGUUAAUUCCAGUGAAAUACGCAAUUUACAUGUUGAUAACUAUCUUUUCCACUAAAGUAAACAAGUAAAAUAUCAACCGGGAAGUGAGAUAUCGCAGGAAAUCAUGAACCUCGGUGGUGUUGUUUAGUUUAUUUCACACACUUAUAAGCAAUGCAAUUUUAUUCCUGCGGCUAAAUCAACACUGAUACACAAACAAAUCAAUAACCGAAAUCAAGCAUGUCGGGGGCUGUGUACCAACCGACUACGAUCACCUACGAAUCGAACGGGCAGCAGGAAAGAUGGCAGGACAGGCCCAUCAGCUACCUAGCUUCGGUCUCGCAGGGGGCCCGCAGGCCCUGCGGAAUGAGCUGUUUACCGUCCAGGAAUGUGCUUCCCCUUAUGAUUGUAUCGUCCUGCGUUGGCUGUUUCAUUAUAGGAUUAGUGAUGCUGAUUCACGGCGCAAUGGCGUACUCAGAACCAUCAGAAUCACCAGAUAAUCUCUACCUAAUCGUAACCCUUAUCGGAGCAGUAUUAUUCGCCACGUCCAUUUUACUCUUCGUGUUCUUCGUCCGCCUGACCAGAAGAAUGUGCUGGAGAAACACCAAAGACCAUUUGAACACUUCGGGCGGUCAGGCUCUCACAAUAAAUCCCUCCACCGAUCUGCUCGUCACGGCCCAAUACGCCCCCGUCUCCGAGGUGGCCUACCAGCCCGCCCAGCAAGAGGACACCGAGCAGAGCAAGCUGAUGGCCCCCGAGCACAAAGACCUGACAAAUGAAGAUGUAGAUAGAAUGAUCGAGAGAGAUCCGAGAAUCGUCCUUCGUCCUUUGAAUACUCCCGCGCACGAGGACACGUAAGAGGUUCCAUCUGGAAAUCUGAAAAUUCGCGACUGUCCGUUUAGAAUAGAAUAAAGUUCGUACGUUUUAAAAUGACCGUAUUAGAGCUAUCUAGGAUCAUUUAUACCGCUCCAGAAUCAUUUAGAACUGUCUAGAAACAUUUAGACUGCUCCAGAAUCGUUUAGAACUGUCCAGAAUUAUUUAGAAUGCUGCAGAAUCAUUUAAAACUGUCGAGAACCAUUUAUAAUUAUUUAGAACGCUCCAGAACCGUUUAGAACUGUUUAGAACCAAUUAAGACGCUCCAGUAAGUCACAAAAACAACAAAUUGUAGUCAAAACCUGUCAAUCAAAACCCUAGUCAUAUGGCGGAAUUAACAUUGGCACUAGGGACAUUUUGAAUUGCGUGGAAAUUACUAAAAAUGAUGUCAUUGUCAUUUUAAAGCGAACGAACUUUAGAAAAUUUAUUUUUCUUGUAGUAAAAAAAUAAUGGAGGGGCUGGUGAUUCGGAUGAGAUUUAUAAAAUUAUUAGCCUGAGUUUUGCGUUGAUUUGGAUUUAUUUUGACUCGAAAUGCGCUGGUUUAGCUUUAAAAUUGUUAGUUUUUUUUUUUGUAAAUUAAGCUCGUUUUUUCGAUAUUUUAAGCAAGCUUUAGUAAUUUAAAAGAAAGUUUAAAGAGAUCCUAAUUUACUUGUAUUGUAAUGAUAGUGCCAAAUUACAAACAUUUUUAUUUUAUUGGAUCGUUUUAGUGAAAUUGGGGCUAAUAAUCUCGCGUAUUAUUCGCAAAAGCGACUUUACGAAUGCAUAUCAGCAUUUGAACGAGUUAAGCAAUAUCAAAUUCUAAUUCCUUAUUAUUAUUUAUUUAAUAUUUAUUUUAACUUUACACGUACGGCUUGACUAAAAUAGGUUUUAGUUAAUUGUUAGCGUGCUUUAAGCGAAAACUAGGCCGGAAUGCGUUGAAUUUAUUCGAAAUAAAUUACGUUUAAUUUUGAGACUUAAUAAUUUAUUGAUACGUUAGAUUAAUUGUUUAUGCGUAACGACACGAUGAUAUUUAAAUGUACCUAUUUUGAGAAAAUAUUUACAAUUCGAAAAUUUUUCGAAGCUCAUUUUCACUGGUAUUUUCCUGCUGGAAAAUCGGUUGUGAUUAAUUUUCCAGAUCUGCAUAUUUUUCUCUCUACAUUUCUCGCGUGAAAUAUUGUGAUUUACAUAUAUCAAAUUAACGAUAAAAUUACGUUUGCUUCGUUAGAAAUUUAUUACUUAUUCACUUAUACACGUUAAAUUAUUUUAAGUAGGUAUCGUAUUGAUUUUUGUAUUCCAAAGUUUUCUUAAUAAAAAUAAUAAUAAACGAUUAUUUGAG